GUCUCGUCAAAUCAGUCUGUUUGCGGUAAUUAAGGUGGUCAGUUCGUGGUCAGGUGGUGGUGCGCGGAGUGCGAUCCAAACUCGCGUGCAGGUCCUUAAACGCAGAUAGUGGCAGAUCCUUUCGUGGAGUAGUGUAGUGGAGUUGAUUGCCGGGGACCGGUUUUAAGGGCUAGAACUUACAGUGACAAAUUUCUCGAGAAACUAAACGACGAUGAAGCACGUGGUGGCCGGUUGCAUGCUGCUGGUGGUGCUGAAUCUAGGGUUCAGCUACGCCUAUUUGGAGCCCACCCUGUCAGUAUGCAAACGGAAAGACCCCAACCUGGACAAGUGCAUCCAGGAUGUGGUGGAGCGGAUACGACCAAACGUGGCCUCCGGCAACUACGGCUCGUCGAACGUGCUGCCCAAGCUGGAACCGGUGGUGAUCGAGAAGAUCCGCAUCGAGCGAGGCAACACCUUUGGGGCUAACUUUUCCAACCUGGUCAUUGCCGGCGCCGGCCAGUUUGUGAUCAAGAAGCUCAAGACCAAUCUGGACGAUCGGAAGAUCAACGUGAGCGUUAUUCUGCCCUCGCUGGAUGUUAAGGGGAAGUACUCGCUGAACAUGAACAUUCUGGUGCUGCGAAUCGCCGGAAAAGGAGACAUUUCGGCUACGUUGAACGAAACCAAGGCGAUCCUCCGGUUGGAGUACUACACGGAACGUGUUGGCGAUCGGGACCUGGUCCGAUUCCGGCCGAUCGAUCUGAAGCUUAAGUUUGACAAGGCCCGCUUCUACCUGACCAACCUGUUCAACGGGGAUCCCACGCUUGAGCGUGUCGGCAACGAUGCCAUCAACGAGAACCCGAUGGUCUUGCUGGACGAGGUGAAGGAAUCCUUCGAGCAGAACCUGUCGGAGAAGUUCACCGAGAUCGCCAACAGUUUGGUGAAGGAUGCUGACUUGGACGAGAUCUUCCCGAGUAGAGAUUCCGUUAAGGUCUGAAUACAACUGAACCUGAACCAACUUAGUAUUAGUAGUCGUAUGAACGAGCAAGCAAACUAGUGUACAUGUGAUUAAGAUCCUAGCAUCUCUGUGUGUUUUAUUUACUCGAAUGGCUGUAAUAAAAUGAUUUACAUAAGUGUC